AUGACAUCCUCUUCCAACAUCAACUAUAGUAACCUCAAGGAUGAUAAAAAAUUAAAUGGUGAUAAUUAUGUGGAUUGGGUUAGGGGCAUUAAUUUGUUCUUGACGAUUGAAGCCCUCUUAUCUGUUACUGAAAAAGUUACUCCCCCCAUUCUCCACUAUGGUGAAAUUGAGGAAGAGCAGACCUACAAACAGUAUUGGAGGGAGGACUCCAAGGCAAAAUUGCUCAUCCUCAGGUCAGUGGAAAAGUCAAUAGUUGACACCAUUAAAAAUCUGCUAACGGCUGGUAGUAUGUUGGAUGAACUUAAGGAAGUGUACGGUAAGCAGAGCUGGCAUGUGCAUCACCAACUUACCACUCUCAUCCACAAUACCAAAUUGAUAGAUGACACUCUAGUGGUGGAUCAUGUAAUGAAGAUGAAAAGUUUAUUUUUUGAACCUGAAUCCCUAGGAACCGAAUUUACCCUACAAUACAAGAGGGAUGUCAUUCCAAAUUCACUUCCCUCAGUUUAUUCCUCAUUUACUCUUAAUCUUCGCAUGAAUAAGAUUGAUGUGAAUCUCACUGAACUGGGAAAUAUGUUGAGUGAAGUAGAAUCAAGUUUUAAGAAACAGAAGACAGAAGUCCUUACUACUGAUGUGAAGUCUUCUUUGGAACCGAAAGGUAGCAAGAAGAAGAAAGUAAGGGUAAACUUGGAGUCACUAGAGGGAAAGGGAAGGGUAAUGGGGUUUAAGUUGACAAAAAAGCUGAACAUGAAUGAAGUGCAUCUUAGGAUGGGCACUGGAUUUGAGGCAAUGGCAUUGGUUGUGGGGACUAUUAUAUUAGAAUUAGAUUCUACUGUUUAA